GGGUCCAGCCAGCCCCCGUCCUCACCCUCUCCCUGUCUAACUCCCCCCCCCCGCCUCCCUUCCCCUCCAUCCCCUGCGCGCCGCUGCCCCUCCGGAGCUGCGCUCCGAACUGGCAAUUGGAGCGCGGCUCCUUUAAGAGCCCGGCUUUGCCUCCCGGUAGCUGAAGGUCAUUAAACACAAAAGCUCUCAGCGCUGCGGUCCAAUAUAGCGCAUGCGCCCUGCCCGAGGACUGGCAGAGAGACGGCAAUAUGGCGAGAAUGCCUGGCAGCGGGGACUGUAACACCAGCGCGGGCGGCAGCGCCGGCGCCGCCGCCGCCGCCGCCGAGAACAAUGGGGAGCGGGGCGAGGGCGAGCGCGGUGCGGGGGGCCGCGGCCGCCGCCACGGCCGCCCGCACUACUGCAGCGCGGGCGAGGAGGAGGAGGAAGAGGAGGAGGACGACGAGAUCCAGGAGGUGCAGAUAACGGGGGACGAGGAGGAGGAGGACGGAGGUGGGGGGCUGGAGGAGGACGAGGAGGAGGAGGAGGAGGAGGAGGAGGAGGAGGAGGAGGAGAUGGGGCUGGACUGGGACGAGCCCCUGGAGCCCGAGGACUCGGCCGGGGAGGAGCUGGAGCCCGAGCCGGUCCAUAUGAUCAAUAUGGACCAGAGCGCCGCGCUCGAGCCCGAGGCGCCGCCGCGACUGCUGGCGCCCCGGGCCCGCGGCGGGCCGCCCGGGGACAGCGCCGAGCUGGACCCCGACGUGCUGCAGCGCCCCGAGCGGGCCCGGCUGAGCGAGAACACCCGGCUGGCCACCCGCUACGCCGUGCGCAUCUUCCGGGAGUACCUGAGCGAGAAGGCGCAGAGCCCGGACUUCGAGACCAUGGACAAGGGGGCGCUGUGCCGCGUGCUGCGCUCCUUCUACGCCGAGGCCCGCUCCAAGAGCGGCCAGCUCUACAGCAAGUCGUCGCUCAUCAGCAUCCGCAGCUCCCUCAACCGCUACCUCAACGAGCCCCCGUACUGCCGCACGCUCGACCUCACCAAGGACCCCGAGCUGCGCAGCGCCAACCUGACGCUGGCCGCGGUCAUCCGCAAGCUCGAGGAGCAGGGCGCCGGGCCCGUGGUGCAGAAGCAAGCCAUCACGCGAGCCGACCUGCGCAAGCUCUACACCUCCAGCGUCUUCAGCACCAACACGCCCUUCGGGCUUCUCAACAAGGUCUGGUUCGAGACGUGCAUGUACUUCUGCACGCGCGGCCGCGAGAACCAGCGCGAGCUGGAGGAGGACUCCUUUGGGCUGGCCAUGGACGAGGACGGCCGCAAGUUCGUCUACUUUAAGUCCCUCGGGCCUUACCACAAGUCGCGCUCGUCGUCGUGGAGCAAGAAGCGUGCCGAGAGCAGCGACGAGGAGAACUUGCCCCGCAUGUACGAGACGGGCACCGAGUUCUGCCCCUACGCCAGCUUCGUCAAGUACCUGUCCAAGCGGAACCCCCUCUGCAAGGCGUUCUUCCAGCGGCCCCGGGACCACUGCAGCGAGGGCGAUGUGACCUGGUACGAGAACAAAGCCAUCGGCAAGAACUUGCUGGGCACCAGGAUGCAGAUGCUCUCCAAGGCGGCCAAGCUCUCCAAGACCUACACCAACCACUGCAUCGGCGCCGUCUCCAUCGCCACGCUCAACAGCAUCGCGGGCAUCGGCACCAAACUGGGCUCGCCCGCCCCGCAGGGCUGCUACGCCGAGGCCCUGAACGGGGCGGCUCGCCACCACUCCCACCACCACCCCCCCACCCAUCCCUCCCACCACCACCGCCCCCAGCCGCCCUCGCUGGGGAACACCUAUAUCCUCCCCAAAGACAGCCAGGUCGGGCCCGACGUGAAAUCCGAGGCUGCGCCCAAGCGCGCACUCUACGAGUCCGUGUUCGGGUCGGGGGAUAUCUGCGGCCCCUCUUCCCCCAAAAGACUUUGUAUCCGCCCCUCGGAGCCUGUGGAUGCGGUGGUGGUGGUUUCCGUGAAACACGACCCCCUGCCUCUUCUUCCAGAAGCCAAUGGGCACAGAAGCACCAAUUCUCCCACAGUAGUUUCACCUGCUAUUGUUUCCCCCACCCAGGACAGUCGACCCAAUAUGUCAAGACCUCUGAUCACUAGAUCUCCUGCAUCUCCACUGAACAACCAAGGCAUUCCUACUCCAGCACAGCUCACAAAAUCCAAUGCGCCCGUCCACAUUGAUGUGGGUGGUCACAUGUACACCAGCAGCCUGGCCACCCUCACCAAAUACCCCGAAUCCAGAAUCGGAAGACUUUUUGAUGGUACAGAGCCCAUUGUUUUGGACAGUCUCAAACAGCAUUAUUUCAUUGACAGAGAUGGACAGAUGUUCAGAUAUAUCUUGAAUUUUCUACGAACAUCAAAACUCCUCAUUCCUGAUGAUUUCAAGGACUACACUUUGUUAUAUGAAGAGGCAAAAUAUUUUCAGCUUCAGCCCAUGUUGUUGGAGAUGGAAAGAUGGAAGCAGGACAGAGAAACUGGUCGCUUUUCAAGGCCCUGUGAGUGCCUAGUGGUGCGUGUCGCCCCAGACCUCGGAGAAAGGAUCACGCUCAGCGGUGACAAAUCCUUGAUAGAAGAGGUGUUUCCAGAGAUCGGCGACGUGAUGUGUAACUCUGUCAACGCAGGCUGGAAUCACGACUCAACGCACGUCAUUAGGUUUCCACUGAAUGGCUACUGUCACCUCAAUUCGGUCCAGGUCCUCGAGAGGUUGCAGCAGAGAGGAUUUGAAAUCGUGGGCUCCUGUGGAGGAGGAGUAGACUCGUCCCAGUUCAGCGAGUACGUCCUGCGGCGGGAGCUGAGGCGGACGCCCCGCGUGCCCUCCGUCAUCCGGAUAAAGCAAGAGCCUCUGGACUAAAUGGACAGAUUUCUUAUGCAAAAAGAAAAAAAAAACGUACACAACAAAUAACGCAAACAAAAAAGGGACAUUUAUGUGCAGUUGGGACAGCAAACCAAGUCCUGGACCUAAAAUGAAUAAAAAGACACAUUUAUAUCCAAUAGAGACCACACCUGUAUUCAUAUGGGAACAAUUGGAAUAGUGAUAUCCUCAAGGUGUAAAAAAAUAUAUAAAUAUAUAUAUAUGUCAAAAGGUAGGAAAUGCAAAAAAAAAGGAACAAAAAAAUGUUUUAAAAAAGGUGGUAGCUACAGUUGGUGCUGUGAUGGCCGUGAAGUGUCCUGGGCCUCCCGAGGCCCCUGACCAAUAAACAAGCCAUGAGCAGUGAGGACGCAUCUCCUUACAGUUUCCAUUGCCAACAGCCAUCCAUCGUUUCUUUUCCUUUGUCUUUCUUUUUCCUUUUUUUUUUUAAAAAACAAAAAAACAACAAAAAAAACACCUUGACUCGAGUUUAUUUUGCGUAUGGAGGUUUCAUGUCCUCUCUUUAGGCGGGGACCGGCAGGACUUCAGAAAACUCUCAUGAGCACACUGCAUUCGAAAGACAUUAGACAUGAAAUUUUAAAUGUAGUUUGUACAGAAGUCACAAUUUUUUGUCCGCCUCACAGAUGUGAACAUUACUUUGUUUUUAAACUGAUCAGUUUUGCAAAGGGGCCAGAAAUUAUUACUUGUUAGAGUUGCUCCAGUUUGAGUCUGCUGCUUUCCUACAAUUUUUCAAAUUUUAUAAUGUAUUAAAUACAAUAAACUCUGUUUAAAAAAUAAGGCCUGUGUGAAACACA